ACUGGUCCGGGGGGUCAACGAUUCCAUCCUGAGACGCUGGAUUUCCGUGUUCUUCCGGCCGAUUGCUUGGCCGCUAUCAUCUCCUUAACCAGUCCUCUCGAUGCCUGCAGAUUGUCACUAGUUUCCCCCUUUUUCAACUCUGUCGCCAGUUCCAACGCCGUUUGGGUUAUGUUUUGCAGGCCGACUAUCAGAAUUUGGUUCCCGCAUCGCGCUUCCUUUCUUCCUUGAAGGACCUUUAUCUCAGCCUCUGCGAUCAUCCUGUACUCAUUGAAAAUGGCAAAAAGUUCUAGGGUUUUUUGGCCAACUUUUUCAGAACUAGUUGAGUGUUUAAUUGUAUUGCGCAAAGCUUUUCACUGCACAAAAGGAUUGGGAAGAAAUGUUACAUGCUACCUGCCAGGGACCUCACAAUUACAUGGGGUGAUACUCCUCAUUAUUGGAGAUCGAACUCCAUACAAGAUUCCAGGUUCCCUGAGGGUGCAGCGCUUCUCAAUGUUUGUUGGUUUGAAAUCAAUGGGAGGAUCAGUACUUGCAAGCUUUCUUCAAUGACAAAUUACAAGGCAUACCUUGUGUUCAUGCUGGCGGCUAGAGUUUUUGGAUUUAGAAAUGAACCUAUAGAAGCCAUUGUUCGACUUAGCAGAACUGGAGAUUUACAGCAAACUAUAUUUCUGCAUGCAGAGGGUGAAGAUGUACAAAAUGAUUACCAAUACCCAAUAGAAAAGGGAGAUGGUUGGUUAAAGCUAGAGUUGGGUGAAUUCUUCAAUGAAGGAGGUGAAGAUGGCAAAUUGGAAAUACAGAUUUUUCGUUUCAAUGGUCACUAGAAGAGUGGUGUCCUUAUUAAAGGCAUCAAAAUCAUACCAAAUUAGCAGGACAUGACAAGAUUUUCCUCCAUCCUGUGUAUUUUAUGUGCGGGCGAAAAAUUGCUUCUCGUGUUAGAUUGUGAGUGUCAUGCACUAGUUUUCAUAAAUAUAUGAGUUCUACUGUUAUCUAGACGCAGUCUGUGAAUCUUUAUUUGAACAAUAUAUGCCUAAUCUGUAG